UAUAAUAUAAAGAGUGAAAAGAGUAUAAAUAUGAUAAUAAAAUUGAUUCACACUCAAAAUUCAACAACCAUGAAGUUCAUCGUUACAAUUGCCGUUGUGUUGGCCCUUUUGGCUCUAACAAAAGCUCAAGAUGAUGCAAUACAAUCUGACGAGUCUAAUCAACCUGAAUCAUCCAAUCAAUCUGAUCAACCUGAACCAUCUGACCAAUCAGAGUCAUUACCAGCACCACCUUCAGAUAAUCCUAGGCCACCCAGGCCUGAAGGACCCCCAAGGCCUGGAAGACCUGAUGGACGUCCUUUAGGUCAUCGUUUCCCAAGACCUCAACCCAAUGAAGAGCAGCAAGCUGAAAACGGAAAUCGCGCACGCUAUCCUCCUUCCGGCCCCCAUCGUCCACCAAUAUUUUAUUAAUUUAAUGUAUAAGUUUGGACAGGGCCAACAAAUACAAGAUAACUAUUAAUUAGCAUA